UUCCAACUCGGAUAUCAACAAUAUAUUUUAUUGCACUAAAGCAUCAACAUAAAAUGCAAAAUAGUUGUAGUUUUGAAGUAACCAAACAAAUGUAGGCAAUUUUCCCAUUUUACGAAUCCGAUUAGACAAAACCGCUACCCGUUAGAACCCUGACUAGAACCCUGACCCGAAACCACACAAUAUCGAAUCCCCCAAAUCAAUCACACUAUCCCGACACCGUCCUCCGCACAGCCCUCUGCAAAAACAAUCGAAUCCCAGAGGCAACAUCGCUCGCGCACGACGUCGUUUGAAGCUCCUCGCGAGGGACAAUAGAAGGAAAAAAACUCGGGAAAGCGAAAUUGGAUAUCAAAUCAUUGAAAAGCCGUCACAAUGGUGAAGACGACGAAGGGUGGUAAAACCAUGAACCCUACCGAUGCCUACCGCAAGGAGCUCCGCAAAAAGGAAUUGAAGCGGAAUAAGAAGGAGAGGAAGAAGGUGAGGGAGGUUGGAAUCUUGAAAAAGGAUCCCGAUACAUUGAAAGACCAAAUUCAGAAAUUGGAAGCAAUGAAGGCAGAUGGUGCUCUGGACAAAGCAAGAAAACACAAAAAGAGACAACUUGAGGAUACGCUAAAUCUUGUGAUGAAGAAGCGGAAGGAAUAUGAAGAUAAAAUGAAAGAAAAGGGUGAAGCACCAGUUAUGUUCAGUCAUUUGGGACCUGUGAGGAGGCGAGGUACUGCAGAAGAAGAAGAAAGAGUCAACAAUCCCAGCCCUGAAGACUCAGUCUAUUAUCACCCCACUCUGAAUCCUUCUGGAGCUCCACCACCUGGAAAACCUCCAAUGUUCAAGUCAUCAAUAGGACCUAGAAUACCCUUACCAGAAACUUCCAGCAGUAACGUUGCAUCAUCAUCAAAAUCGGAAUUGGAGGAUACUACUUUGCCUAUGCCCCCAUUACCACCUGGUCCACCUCCACUGCCUCCUUUGUCGAGUGGAGGCUUAGAUUCUGGGGACGGCUCUACUUUGCCCGUGUCAUUGCCUUUGCCGCCUCCACCACCAAUGCCUCCAAAUCCACCAGUGGCCGGUAAUAAUAAUUCAUUACCUCUGCCGCCAUUGCCUCCCCCGCCUCCACCUCCGGGCCCACCGCCUAAAGAACUACUUGCUGCUCGUCCCCCACUUCCUCCACCUCUGCCCAUCCACCAAUCCUCCCAGCCACCUCCACCUGGUACUUUUAAUGGUGAGAAACCUGCAAAUACAGAUGAACCACCAUCCAGGGACUCGAUUCAGAUGCCUGCAAAUCUUCCUCCGCCUCCCCAACUGGUGGGCCAGCCCCCAAAAUUGGGCAAUAAUCAGCCGGACAUCUCAUCCUUCGAAUCUGACUCGAAACCUUCCUCCGAUGCCAACGAUAGUCUGAAAGCGGCCUUACCACCUCCGCCCCCACCACAGAUGAGGCAACAGCCGCCAGUACCUGGGCCGGUGGGCCCAAAUUUGCAGCCCGAUAUACUUCCUCAUGGCAUUCCGGGCUUUCUGCCUCCACCCCCACCUCGACCUCCAAGCGAUAUGUUGCCCUCAUUGUCUGCACCUGGGAUUGCCGAGCAACCUGUGGCGCCACCUGGCGUUGUGAUGCCACUUCUUCCGAGACCACCGCCUUUUGGGCCACCUCCUUUGAUGAUGAGGCCACCACUUCCACCGGGCCCACCUCCUUUUCCGCAGAACGAUCUCAUGGCUCGACCGUUUGUGCCUCCGAAGCCAUCAUAUGUCAAGUCAGCUGCAUCGACUGUUGUAAAGAGGCCUCUGGCACAGCAUACUCCGGAGCUUACGGCGAUGGUUCCUGCAUCUGUACGGGUGAGGAGGGAGUCGGCCCUCCCAAAACCGAAGUCAAAAGCCUCUACCACAGUUUUGCCUUCCAACCAGCCUAUUAUAUCAGCUUCACCCAUCGUGAAGCAAGAUAUAAGUAGCUCGUCCUCUGCACCAAAACCACCGAGUAUUGAUGACUCGUAUAUGGCAUUCCUUGAGGACAUGAAAGCACUUGGUGCGCUUGAUAGUUGAGCUACCUCAAACACUAGAAAUCAUUGGAAGCAAUGGGAUUAAACGAUGAGUUUUGGUAUGGUGGCUCGGGAGUUCAAAAUAAUUAGGCGUACCAUUAUUCUAAUAGAUUUAUACCCGUUCGUGCUUAAAAUUUUAGCUUCUUGCAGGCUUUCUAUUCACUGCGAGAGUCAUACUCUCCUGUUAAGUACAAUGGAUAGAAUCGACAUUUCCGUCACGUUGCAUUGUCUUGUUUCUUUUAUAUCCAUAAGUUUAUUUGCAUGAAUUUAUGAAGAUGGCAGCUUGAUGUUAGCCAGACUUUAAAGAGAUUGUGUCUGACUGACUGACUGACUGUAUCCUAACCUGCUGACUAAUUCAAUGCACUCUCUCUCUCUCUCUCUC